AUGGCUGUGACACUCAAGCGCAAGCGCGGCGCUGUCUCGUACAGGGAACCGAGCAGCGAUGAAGAAAUCUCUGAGAGCUCUGGGCAAGAAGGCCAAGUCAGGCCGAAGCGUGCUACUCCAUCGCGGCGGUCGACUCGACGCUCAGAGCCCGCUGCGCAACAAAUGGGCCCAGUAGCCGACAGACGUCGAGCAACCGGAUCACGGGAGGGCCGUCGCCGAGAAGUGCCCAAGAUAUCUUACAAGGACGUCAGCACAGACGAGGAGGAGCAGGACGACCCCGACGACGACUUCGAGGCCGACGACGACGAGCCUCGACGGCGAACGAAGCCACCCACAACCUCCGCUCGUUCGCCAAAACCACACAAGCCCUCAAAGUCCAAGGGCAAAUCUCCACAGAAGCUGGUGUUAGGAGCGCCUCGGAGGGACAAUGUGACCACUCCAGUGGCAACGACCACCGCUCCCAUACCGACAGACGGUCACAUACCGGCGUGGGCAUCCUUGCCUUACCACGUACUCCUCCAAGUUUUUGUCUAUGCAUCGCAUCCACUUCGAGACGAGAAUAUGAAGCCCAUGGCCUCCAUCCCAUGGCUUGUGCAGAUGGCGCGGACGUGUUCGGCAUUCACUAAGCCAGCAUUAACCGCGCUAUAUCGCAACCCUCCCGUCUUUGCCAUGAAGCAGACGCGCAGGGAUCUAGUACAUCAUCUUAUUUCUCUGCCUGCAGAUGCACAUGAAGACUACCGUGUCAUGGUCAAGCGGUUAGAGUUGGAUGCGACUCAGCUGUCUGCGCUCACCGACCAUGCACACAGCGUUGGGGAUUUGGCCGCGCUGGUGAGCUCGCUAACCACUCUUCGCGAGAUCGACAUUUUCGAUCCCAUCGAUAGGCCGCCCUUCCGCGACCGCCUUCGACGACUUCGUCGAUGGGUGUAUCCUCCUGAGCUGUUCGAAGCCCUGCGUCAAAGCGCGUUACGUCUUCGAAGCUGGCGAUGGAACAGUACCUUCUGUGACCAUGGCCCUCUGUGGAUGAAGACCGUACACAGCGAUGCAUCUUUCCAGACCUUACGUGAGGUGACACUUACCAAGUUCCAUCCUGCCGAAGUAAGAGAUGAUCAGGAGGAUGCCCAGGGCCAGCCGACCAUAGAGGAGUUGGUUGCGUCAGCUCUGGUCGCUCUGCCGCACCUCCAGACUCUAGCUUUUGAGUCCUGUGGUAUAGUCAGUGGGCGUCUUCUGCCACUCUUGCCAGCCAACCUAGUGAGUCUCAGCAUUACGAACUGCGGGGAGCUGCUCUCCGAUGCUCUGCAAGCUUUCUUGACGACCCAUGGCUCUCAGCUGGAGGAUCUCACCCUGAACCACAACCAGUCUUUGGACCUCUCUUUCUUGGUGGAUUUAAAAACCUCUUGUCCAAAGUUGGAAGUUUUGCGCAUGGACACAACCUACUACAGUUCCCUAUCCAUGUCAUCCGACAAUGAACCUUUAUACGAAACCCUUUUAGGCGAAACAGAGAGGCCGACUUGGCCAACCACGUUGAGAAUUCUUGACAUGGAGUAUCUGCGGAAUUGGAACUCAACAGCAGCUACCAACUUCUUCAGCUCACUGAUUGACGCGGCCGAUGAGUUGCCUUGGCUCCGCGAGAUCACAAUCAUAGCCAUGGUAGACACAGAUUGGCGGCAGCGAGCAGAGUUCAGGAUAAAGUGGACUGAGCAAUUCAGGAAGGUGUUUGCACGAGCCUACAUAUCUCCCAAUCCCCACCUUGUCUCCUUGAAGGCUUACCGGGAGCGGACGGCCAACGUACAUGUGCCAGAGACGGAGAAGGAGAUGGAGAAGAAUGACUCGCUCGUCGAAGGCGUUCCAGUGGGUCUUGAUGGAGCGAAGCAUGACGAGAGCGAUAGUGAUGUGCCGCUUUUACAGUCUCGGAAACAGAAGCAGGAUGAGCAGUGGGGAUCGAAACGUCUGCGUUCACGCUCGAAAGCAGCUACAAGCUACGACGAGUCAUCCAACGAGGAGUCGUCUGAAGACGAGGCGACUGCUGAAGAUGAAGUGCUCUUUGUGCAGGGCCGAUGUCAUACUGUUCUUUUCCGCAUCGACAACUUCCGUCCCCGCGAGGAGAUUUAUGGCGAAGCUGAUUUCCUCGAUGCGGAGCCUAGUGGCGAUGAAGAAUGGAAUGGCAAUGACGACCAGGACGAUGAGGGAGGUUAUGCUUGGUAA